GCCACAUUCCAUUCUAAAAUAUUCCGGAGAUUAGAAUUUUGGCGUAGUUUUGUUUUCAACUAUUUUGCAACGGAAUAUUCACAAAUAAAGUACGUAAAACAUUGCUUUUUUUGUGUGUUUUGUUCCGACGUUGUUUUCAGUAAGUGAAAUUUAUACUCUUUUUCUUGUAGGCGUCGAUUGGCACGAACAAACUCACAAAUACGCGAAAGAAUAUCAACACUUCGGCAUGAAGCUAUUUCUUCUUGUCGCUUUGUUUGUACUAGAGACAGUUUCAGCCGCUAGACCUAGAAAAGGUAUGUAGUUAAUCUUGGUUUGGUAUAAUUUGUAUUAAAUGUUAUUUCAUUUACUUAAAAUUGAGAGUGAUAGAAAAAUAUUGUAAUAAAAUCGAGUCAAUAUUAAUUUUGCCUGCCUCCGAACGUUAACUUCAGCCACUUGAAAGUCUUUGAACGUCGUAAUGUUUAUAAUUGUUUUCGUUUGAAAAGUUACAAUUAUAUAGCUUUUGUCUUUGGAAGAACACAAUAGCUUAUAAAAAUCUUAUAUAACAUUAUGGUAGUGUAUAUUUCUGUCUAAUAGAAAAAUAUAGCUGAAAUUUCUAGGUAUAUUAUUAUCCGGUUUAAACUAUAAACUACGAGGCUGUUUAUGUGGACUAUACUAGCUUGGGAAGCAAGUAGCAUUUUAUGAAGCUGAAUAGGUGUAGAUAUGCCCCAUACAAACCAGCUAGUGUUUUUUUACAAGCUGAUUUUCUUAUUCAUGUGAUGACAAUUAUUCCUUGGCAAGUUUUAUUCAAUGGUGAAUUCCUUUUGCUUGUGAUACAACAAAACAAAUUUUCUUUGAAAUUCCUGUUUUAUUAAUUAAUGACGUUUCUUCCAGGUCGGCUUUAAUACACACAAAAUGACUAGCUUUUACACAAGGAAUGUAGUCAAGAAAGACUUAAUGUCAACUUCUAGUUCGCACAACACAAGUGGAUAAAACUAGGCAAGGGAAAACUUGACAAGGAAAAAUUGUUCAUUGGUAGACCAAGAAAAGGCAAAUUGCCAAAUGAUUCUAGUUUCAACCGACAUUUCAUUAUUUUGACCAACCAUUUGAAAUUAGUGUGUGUGAGUUCUGUCUAAUAAUUGAUCUAAUUCAGUCAAGAUUAUGCUCAUCCAGAUUGGAUCAGAUUUUUUUUGUUUUUCUGACUUUCUCUCAGAUUGGAUUGGGUCUUGGUGGGAUUUUUAUCAGAGUUAUAUUUGUUAUUGACUACAUGGGCCUGUUUUGUUAUGCCAUUAACCUCUACUUUAUUAUUUUACUCUCACUGUCUAACACCAGACGAUUUAACUCAUCCAGGGGAGAGAGUGCAGUGUUGCUGACAGUGGGUUAAUCUCACGAAAAAGAUUCUACCACUUCAACUUUCAUAAAUUAUAGUUCAUAUUUUAGAAGUUGAAAAAACAAAGGGACUCCAUCAAUGUUUCUUUGACCAUAAAUGGUUCAAAAACCAUGGAUAGUCCUUUUUCUCAUAAGACUCGUAUAUGAUUAAUGACUUACAUUUCAUUCAAAGAAUGUUAUUAUGUUACCCUUUACCUGUUAAUUCCAAUACCUGUUAUGAUGUUCAGGCCUUAAAAUAUUAGUCAGUCAUUGUCUGACCCAUUUGUGAAAUUGCAUGACGUAGAGAGGAAAUGACUGGACAUUCUGUCCGACCUAAGUGAAACUGAGGUUUAUUGUUUGUCUGACCCGAGUGUAUUGGUGUCGCACCGAACUGUAGCUUUGUCCGAUGUAAAUCAAAAUGUACCCUAGACUUCAGGGUCUGAAAUUUGCAGUAUCCCAAUAUCCACAGAAUACCAAAAAGUUUGGAAUACCAAAAAGUUUGGUUUUGGAUACCAAACUGUGAAUGACUUGUAUCCCGAAUGGAUACUGAGAAAAUUUCAAACAUUAAUUUAAGAAAAUGUUAAACACCUUUGACAGGCUCCUCAUAGCUUUUGAUUACUAUCAGUUUGCCACCAGUCUUUCCUCAUUGAGGACUAGCAUAAUUAGAAGUUUAUUUAAGGUCAAGGAUUACAUGUACAGUAUGUGCAUUUUAGUGCAUUAAUUUAAUGAAUUGUUUGUUGACUGUUGAGUCUCCUGUUGUGUAUUGUAAUUUGUAACAGUGAGAUCGAGUUAUGAAAACUUAUUUAGAUGAGACAAGGUAUAAUACUUAUGGUACCGGUAACCAGUAUUCAAAAGUGAGAUACUCAUACUGGAUUCUCAGUGGGGAUACCAAACUUUGAAUCCUGGUAUCCCAGUUGGAUACUGAAAAAAACUAUAAAUUUCAGACCCUGCCCUAGUCCAGGACUAGAAGCUUGUAUGUUCAAUGGAUUGUUCAAUGGAUUUAGUAAUGUAUAAAAAGUGAACUGGAAAUGUUGCUUUAUUGUAAUUGAGCAUGGGGUGGUGAGCGAAAUGGUGAAGUGGAAAAAAGGCUAAAGUUGCAUGUCAAAGUUUUACUGCAGUUCUUGGCAACCAAGUUAAUUUUGGCUUGGAAAUAAGUAUGAGUGAGACAAAUUAUUUAAUAUCUUCACAACAUUUACUGUUCAAAAUUAAUGCAUUGUGCUGAUGUUAACUUCUGUCAAAAGUUGAUUCAGACCUAUUUCCAAGCCAAACUGAACUGAAGGUCAUUGAACAUACAGUACAUAUGUCCAACCCAAACUCAAAGUCAUUGAACAUUUUGACUGACAGCCCUAUAAAACAUAUUUUGAGGCCUCCAGCAAUGUUGUUUGGAAUAUUUUUACUAAACAAGACUAAGAAUUUAAGAUUUAUAAUAUAUAUGUUAUAACAGAAAGUUUUUGAUUGGCUGAAGUACAUGCUCAAUAAUAACUCGAUAAAGCACAGCAAAAAAGUGAGGGUAAUUUUUGCUUUUUGGGGGGAAACAUUUCCUUGAGAAUUCCAAAUUCUCAAGAAUUUUCACAAAGCCAUUUACUCUUGAGAGAUAACUGAUUUAUUUUAACUGAAUCAUGGCCAUGGGUAAAAAGCAAAGUGUAUAGCUUAUACAGUACCUGUACUUAUGAAUCAACUGUAAUGGCAAAGUCAAAUAUAUUGUGGGGUUUUUUUCAUGAUUAUUAUUAAUUCAAUAGUCUAGUGUAUUAACAAACUGUAUAAACAUGGCAAAUAUUGAAAUAAAUCGCUAUGUCCAUUGUCCAAUCAGCUGAUUUUCUGGUGACUAAUCAGAAACGUUUUAGUAUUUUGCUUGACUGUAAAAAUUCUUAAAAACAUACCGUAAUUAUUUUUUUUUGUUGAGUGUAUAUUCGUAAAUCAGUUUCAAUGUGUUGUCCAAUCUGUUUUGAUUUUGGUUUUUGCAUGAUUGUAAUCGAGAAUUCUAUUUCAAGUUCAAUUAUAUGUAACAUAUGUUUGGAUCAGAUCAGAUCAGAGAUACAAUUAAUUUUUCCAUUUGAAUCAAAUUACAAUUUUAGCAUCAGUUUGAAUUUCAUAAAUUUCUUUUUUCAAUUCAAUUACAGUACUGUACAUAUAAUCAAUGCAUAUAAUUAAUGCAUAUAAAUACUGCAGUAAUAAAUUUACGUGGUGUUUCCACAAACAAAAACUAUUAUAUGUUUUAUCGCCAUGCAAACCUACAAAGAAUCAAUUAUGCACCUAUCAAUGUUAAACCCCAGAGGGGGGGGGGGGUCGAGCAUAGGUGGGGCAUUUGAUUUUUUGAGCAAAUUUUCAAUCAAAUACCCCACUGUCUGGCAAUAAAUAUUGGUCAAAUGCCCCACCAUUUUGCAAUAAAUUGCAAUAAAUACUAUGUUAAUAAAAGUCAUUAGGUUCAAAUUGCCCCAACUCGGGGCCAAUUGCUAAUCAAAAUCCCCAGGGUAGGGAUGCAAUUGAUGAUCAAAUACCCCAUAUGCCCGACCACCCCCGGGGUUAACAUUUAUAGAUGCAUUACAGUACAUUUUUAUCUUCGGGUCAGAUUCAAAACCUGGGGCUGGACAAAAAGUUUGGUUUCACAGAGGUCAUUUUGAUUCAAAGAGGCCUGUACCUCUGCAUGAUUUACAAGUACUGUAUUACAGUAAAGGCCGGUUUUCAUUAUUGUGCCUCUCGCCGACUCUCUGCAACUUAACUGCCAAGUGUCAGAACAAAAACAAAUUUUAUUUAUUUAUUGGGUUCAAACUGAUGAGUGCUGUUCUUGCUUUUCAUAUUCCGCUGUUCUAUCUCUGUCUGAGCCACCGUCCUUGUUUACCACACUCCCAAAAUAUUGAGCUCGAAAAUGACACCUAUUAGACUAAUAUUAGUCAUUCCUGAAAUUUAUUUUUUUUGCGUCUCAAACUUUAACAUUUUCUAUAACUUUUUAAAACAUCGUCCUCUGCAAAAGAUUUCAUUUCCAAAACUGUAGUAAAGAAGGUGUUUUAUUUGAAUUGACAUUGUGUUUUUGUUCACAGAUAUAAAUUAAUUCCAGAAAAUUUUCGUAACUAAAGAAAGUUCACAACCUCACAAAAAAUCGACCAACUUUAAUGAACAUAAAAAACCUCUGGCUUUGCCUCUUUCCUUGAAACUCUUCCGUACUUCAUACUUUAAAAUUUCGAUUUCCAAAUGUUUGGGGGAAUAAAAAUAAACUGUUUACCUGUUUAAUUCGGCAUUUUUUUCAAUUUUAUUAUAUAAAACAAAUAGAUUACAUUUUCCCGUUGUCUGUUCAGUUAUAGAUACACAGUAUGACGUCAUAUGUGGUAAGAACAAAAAAGUGUUUACGGCUUGAGCCGCCUAUGCGAGUGGUCACUUUUUGUUCUCACCACAUAUGACGUCAUACUGUGUAUCUAUAACUGAACAGACAACGGGAAAAUGUAAUCUAUUUGUUUUAUAUAAUAAAAUUGAAAAAAAUGCCGAAUUAAACAGGUAAACAGUUUAUUUUUAUCCCCCCAAACAUUUGGAAGUCGAAAUUUUGCAAAUAUCACGCGUUCAUGAUCUAUGCAACUAACGAAAUGCUAUUGGCUCGCUUAAGUCACGUGCUGAAUUCUGCAGAUUGGGCUAUAAAGUCUAUAAACUUAGAAUGCGUAAAAAGUAUUUUCGGAACUCUUGGUUAUAACGAUGAAGAGUUGAAGAAAUCUGUUGUUUAGGUACUAUUUUUUCACUUAAUUCACCUUUUUUAACAACGUUUAAUCGGCAUAUUUCAUGUAAUCACUUCAAAACAGCUUUCUUGUUUGUGGCAGAUAAUUAUUUAGUUGGUCAACAAACUUGAUUGACAGGUUUUCUUUGUUUGUGAUAUUUUAUCCAAUCAAAUUUAAGAACGAUCACGUCAGUGUUAAGUUGUUCCUAAUUUAGUAUGCAACUUCGGAACCUGUUUCAGGAUGUUUGUUUUCAUUGCAUCUCAAAAUCUGAAAUUAUUUGCCACAGCGCUAAACGCAACAAGAUUUGAGAUUUGUCAUAUAACAAAAUCCUAUUGAAUGGUUUAACAUAUAAUCCGGCCGAGUAUUUUACUUGUUUCUCGCAUUUUUCCUCGCCCUUUUAAGGCUCGGAAAAAUACGUUCAAAACUCGUAAAAUACUCGGCCGGAUUAUAUGUCAAACCAUUCAAUAAGAUUUUUGGAUAUUCACUUCGCCUUCGGCUCAGUGAAUAUAGGUUUGUAAUCACCUCGCCUUCGGCGACUAAUUGUUAAUUAGGACCUUGUUUAUCAGUUUCUAAAAUUUAUGUGACUGUGAUUUUAGGAUUCUAUUAGUAUUAAUGCAGUGAUGGAAUGGCCAUAAAUAAUUAUUUAACAAAUAGAUGCCUAAGAUGGCAUUUUGCCACUGUAUUUUCAGUUGCAGACGUGAUAACGCGCUGCGCAAGAACAAGAAAGUAUCCCACAAGCGCUUGAGCGACUGUGUCAGUGAUGUUCGCUACCACGUUAUGUGAUAUAUCAUAGCAGUGAAAUAGCGUUAUCCGUGCGUCGGUCCUCUAUAAUAGAUCAUACAGUGUAUAUUGACAUGGUUAAUUAGCCUUUCUCACGAUGACGAAUAUCCGCCAUUUUUGGGUGGCAUCUAAUUCUCGUUAACCAAUGCAGACAAUUAAAACAAUGUGAAAAGCAAUUUUUCAAAACAAACUAACCUUUUACAAAGCAAAUUUACCAUCAUUCGCUGUUAUGUGGACUUAUCUCGCAGACUUCGGCUGAAAUGCCACCCAAAAAUGGCGGCGUGAGAAAGGCUAAUUAAUUAUCAUUUAUUAAUAGCAAGUGUCAAAGUCUCGAUAAUUCACCUGGUAUUCCAAAACUGUAAUAAAAUCGACCGGCAGACGUACUGAAACUCUUGAAAGCUUUAAACUUGCUGGAUGACACGAUAGGUCAGACACGAACAACUCGCGCCUAACGUCCGGUUUUAUUAUUGACCGGUCAAUAUUUGCCCCCUCGCCAAAACAUGCAGUGAACAUGACGUUUUGUGAACCGGCAUGUGAUACGGUUUUGUCCAAUCGGCAAACAAGAAAAUUGAACUUUGACACUUGCUAUAUAAUAAUCAUAUUAUAUGAUACUGUUUUGUCCAAUCGACAAACAAGAAAAUUGAACUUUGACACUUGCUAUAUAAUAAUCAUAUUAUAUGAUACUGUUUUGUCCAAUCGACAAACAAGAAAAUUGAACUUUGACACUUGCUAUAUAAUAAAUAGAGAAUAAUACAUGAGUGCUUGGGAGUACCAGAUUUAUUUCGAGUGUUGAACAUGAUAUCUCACGAGUGAGCGCAGCGAACGAGUGAGAUAUCCGUUCAACACGAGAAAUAAAUCAGGUAUCUCCAAGCACCCAUGUAUUUUUCUGUUUAUUAUACAGAAUAAACAAAAUUCAGUGAAAAACAAUAAAACGUCCGUGGCAAUGCCUUUUACAACAAAUGAUAUUUUCACACGUAAAAAUAUCGUAUUUUUACGUGUUUAAAUACGAUUUUUUUUCAGUGGGCAAAAUCUCUAUAUAACACUUAUGUUUAUAUAAUAAAUGACAGUCUACCAUUUCUAAAUACAUAUCUAACUGUAUCGCAUGAUGAUAAAUAAUUGUUCUUUAAUUUCUACUUGCAGAAAAGCAAAUCUGUUUUGAUGGUUCAUCGUACAUUCGCUAUGAGAUAUCACCAAGUAAACCACUAAGUUCUGCAAAAGAUGAGAUCAAGUUUAAAUUUCGUUCAACUGAUGCCAGUGGUCUCUUGUUAUAUGCUCAUUCCAGAGGACUAAAUGGCGAUCAUGUUUUGUUGGAACUUGUCAGGGGAAAGUUGAGGUGAGCUAUAUAAGUGGUUGGACUGAGGCACGAUUAGCCUGAAUCAUGGGCAAACGAAGAUUUAUGAAAUUAAUGUAAUAUUACACGGUUUGGUCCUCAAUAGUGUAGAAAGAAAAAAAGUUUGGCGUCAAGUCAAUUUUUGAAAAACGAUUCUGAAUUGCAAAAGCUGGAAUUGAACCCAACAUGCGAGCACUAUUGCCACGAGAUCUCCACCCCUCUAGUUGUGGCCAAUAUUUUCUUCUGUGAACAUUGGCAGGGCAAAACAUUUUCUAAUAUUUGGGCAUGAAUAGCUGACUAGGCGUGAACGGAAAAGGAGGCGUAAAUGCCAUUACUCGUACAUAUUUUUGAACGCAAUUGAACAAGGCCGAGAAAGCUUAUUAAGAAGGGGUGGAAAAGAUACUUUACUUAUAUUACAUUUUUUAUGUAUAUUAUUAAAUAUACAUAAAAAAUUAUGCAGUCAUUCCUAAAAACUCCUAAAUGUUUUUUUUAUGUUCAUUCUGCUGGAAAUUGCUGUAUGUAAUUGGCUAUCUUUGUUAUUGUUUCAUUAUUUUAAGUUGUUUCAAUUUUUCAAAAAAUUGCACUGCUCUUAGCCAAUCAGAAUUGAGAAAUUUUUUCAUGUAUAUUAUUAGACAUAAAACUAAUUUAGAUAACAUGUAUCAAGGGUCUGAUCCUAAGGUAAAUACAGGUGCCAAGGGGGUACUAUCAUGCAGGGGGAUCCGUGCUCCCCCAGUUGUCCGAGAUUUGCUAAAAAUGGAUGUGCCAUACAACAUUUAUUUAAAACAUUUAUUACAUCAUUCCAUGGUCUAAUACAUUAAAAUGGAUGCACUUAUUAUUGCAUUUCUGAGGUCGCACCUACAGUACAGUACAGCACAUGCAACAUUCUUUCUACUGGUAAGAAAUGUUCCUCCAAAUUUAUCCUUUUAUCUAUUAAAUUAUUGCAAUUAUCUUUUUUUUCUUUCUUGGGAAAAUAUUUUCUGCUGGGACCCCGUGGUCUGAUAUUUUUCCACCCCUGAUUAGAAGUUCCGUAAAAAAUGAAUCCGUGUUUAUUAUGAAAGUGGUUAUAACUACAGGUUUACCACAUCGCACCAUGGUUGUGCUUACUGCACCUAUAGGCUUUAACUGACCGACUCCUUUCUUUUUAGGGUACGGUAUCAACUUGGUCGGAACAGUACUCUAAAGCAAGUAAUAGUUGGUGACGGCCUUGGAGACGAUAUCGUUUCCACCGUGAUGGUAACGAGAGACAAGAAAAAACUCACUGUGUCGGCUUAUGGCGGGCAGUCGGACAAGAUGGACAUCGUCAUACCCGGAGAAGAUGACCGCUUAGAUCUCAACGGCUUUAUCUACGUCGGUGGCUACUUAAACCCACCCCUACAGUACCCCUCCUUCCAUCGAGUGAAUUUCAAAGGGUGUAUGUAUCAAGCUACUUUUAAAAGUAGCCACAAAGUCGAUUUUAUAGAUGGGGCGAUAAACAAAAGAGAUGGCUUUACCUCAGACAUAGAGGAGACGGAUAACCCCAAAAUUCCACCAAGGGCAAUGAAUUUCAAGCGUGAAACGUUCCUAAGGUUUGUAAUUCAGGAGAAAGACCCGAUCGAUCCUACGAAAAUUUUGAAAAAACUUUAUGGUAGUUUGGAUUUCCGUACUGUCCUCUUCCAAGGCACAAUAUUCACAGCGUCCAGUGUCUCGCUUAAGUUCCAGCAAUCUCAGUUAAGUUUGAUCAGCGGUGCUGAUAUAAUUUCCAUAGACUUCCCUGAAGAAGGACAAGCCAACGAUGGACGAUGGUUCCGUAUAGAAUUUGUCGUAGAGAAUCACAAUUUGGAGUUACAAUUGAACGAUGUACGAAGACGGAUAACGCCUUCAAAUAAGCCACAAUACGGUGCGGUAAUCACUUAUGGGGUUUACGAAAACAAGAUGAAUUUUAUUGGCUGCAUUCGUAAUAUGGUCCUGCAGGGUGUAAAUAUCACUUACUAUGAUAUUGUUGAUCCGUACAGAGUGCAGAGUAAGUUAGCUGAUGGUUUCGAUGAACUGAGUGAAGGAUGUAAAGCAAGCGAUCCUUGCAUCCCUAAUCCUUGUUUCCACGAUGCACGAUGCCUAACCGUCACAAAAGAUCCUGGUGUCGAAUGCGAAUGCCUACAUAAAUACCAACCGCCUUUCUGUCAGUUCUGUAAGUAUGCAUGACAAUGUAUUGGCAAUGUUCUAUUACUUGCCGGAAAGUUAUUGACAGCGCAGUAGAACACAAAAUCAGUUAAAAUAAAAUAUGAACUCUAGUCUCAUAAUAUUGAAGGGGAAAGGGGUUAUGUUACCGUUUCAGCUUACUGUGUAUAAAAUACCCAGCGUAUAAUAGGACACUUGGUACGUGUGAUACUUAGGUCAUUCUAAACCGAAAUGUAUUCCUUGGGUUAUUUUCAUUGGAAAAAAUUCAUCUUCAUGAAAGUAGCGGGGAUGACGUCAUUAGAUGCAUUUUAGCAGCAAAAACAAAGUAAGAUAAUUCGGAACUCAUUUAAUGACAUCGUAUCCACGAAAAACGAAUAUGAACAUAUAUAUAUAUAUAUAUAUAUAUAUAUAUAUAUAUAUAUAUAUAUAUAUAUAUAUAUAUAUAUAUAUAUAUAUAUAUAUAUAUAUAUUGCAUUUAUUAGAAUGACGGCAAUAAACCUGCCUUAACUUGGUAUUACAAUUAAGGUAAUGAGGGGGUUUAUCUACAUGUAUACUGUAGGUAAUGUAUGGAUACCAAUAAGGAGAAGACCAAAUUCUUAUUUAUUGUGACUGCUUUUCCCGUAUUUGCUCUGUUUAUAGGCCCGCAGGGAAUUAUUUUUCCAGUAGCUCUUGACUGAGGGCUUAUUAGAGGGGGGAGGGGGGUUGAGGGUUGGGGCUAAAUGUAUUUUCAAGUUCUUUGUACUUAAGCAACUUAUAGAUACUUUAUAUGUAUACUCAAGCUAUACCUAAAGCCGGCAACCUUGUACCCAGCUAGGGUCUAAUACAUUAGUUCGCAAUAUACAAAUCCUGUAUUGUAGGGUGUAGUACGUUUCAUGAUGCAUACAAAAGUGAAAGUAAAGAAACUUAUAAACUACGUUAUAUAAUCAUUGUAAUGGUGCCGCACUUAACUUUUCAUCUUUGACUCUGUGUAUGUGAACAGCAGCUAGAUUAAAGAAGGUGCAGCAAAAAAAGUCAAUAUCGUAAAUGACAUACAAAUCAAUCCAAUGGUGGAUUUUCAUUUAUUUAAAAGGAGGGGAGAAAAAUAUCUGGUGGGGUGCAAGCGACACCACUCAGUGAGCCUCAGCAGGGGUUAGGCGUUUGGGUUAAAGCCUUUCACACAAAAUAGGAGGAGUGAAGAAAAAUUUUGGUGUGGUUGAAUGAAUCUUUUCUUUUUUGUUUCUCGAAUUCAUCAGUCUAAUCAUCAGAACCUGGCAAAACCUUGAUGUACUAUUUAAAAAACGAGCGGGAGUGUUUUAUUAGGUUUAAAGCCACGAGCGCGCAGCGCGAGUGGCUUUAGACCUAAUAAAACACGACCCGCGAGUUUUUUAAAUGACUUCAAAAACGUAUGCAUAAUAAGUCAAAUCUUUAUAUAAAAAUCUUUAUAUAAAAAUCUUUAUAUAAAAACCUUUAUAUAGUUUGCAUAACAAUGGUCUUUUGUUAAAGUGUUCUUUAGCUGGUAUAAAGACGUAUGCACAUGACUAAUUUCUUACUCAAGAUUGGAUAAUUGCUUCAUGAAUUAUUAAUGAGUUUUUGAAAGAAAAUUAAAGCUAGAUUGUUGACCCAGACACGGAAAGUGUUAUACACGAUUGAUAAAAGCUACUUGUCAUGUAUAUGUUCACUUCAACUAUAUAUCGAUAAAAUAAUAGACUUAUAGACAUUCUUAGUUUAUGUCUAAGUUCACUUAUGACUUAUGUACCGCUCCUGUGAAUUGCUGUCUACAGCUUGAAUCUGCUUGAUUGGGGUCAUUCUGAUGAUUAGACUGCAUGAUGAAUUCGAGAAACAAAAAAGAAAAAUUAUACUUUUUAGCAACGAAAUAUGUAAACAGACCGAGCGAACAAUUUGCUAAAUAUUGACAGUAAAAUAAAUGUACAAUCUAAUAUAAAAAACAAAUAAAACUUAAACUGCGACGAAUAUGAAAACUCGUUUGACCUAUGUAUAAAAAAAAUUACUUCAAACUUACCAUAAUACUGGCUUCUUUUGGCUUUUAAAAAAUUCAAAACAAGUAAACAACUCUGAGCUUUCGGGAUUUUCUCCGCAAACUACGUCACAAUCCUGCUGACGUCAACCUUUUUAUAAAGGUCUAUUGCUUUUAUAUGUCAUAAAAAAGUCACGUUAAUUUACAUAAAUGUUAGCUUUGAUUUUCUCAGCUUAGACAGCGUUAUUUUUAAAAUUAGUUCGCCAAUGAACUCAUAAGAUGGAUGUUUUCAAGCCAUUCGCACUCCAUGCUUUAUCAGAUAUAAAACACUCGGCUGUCGUCUCUUGUUCUAUAUCUGAUUGAGCACUGAGUCUCCUACUCGUCGUUCAUAAAUUUUAGUUACCUUUGUAGUUUGUGUCCAUAUGGAAUGUGGUUCAUUCAGAAUUUUGAAGAAUAGGGAAUUAUUAUAAUUCUCAAGCGUUGGCCGAUUGUCUAUCUUGUGAAGACAAACAGUUUUAUUUCCUUUGUAAUCGUAGUCCUCCAACCGUAAAACAUAUUGAAUACUGCUCUUAGGCUUGAAAUACAGAACUAUGUAGAGAUAGCAAAAUGUCUUCUGUGAAGAACCAGUCGCGAGGAACUGAAUCAGUUAACUCACGGCAAUCGUCUGUAAUUUGAGAUUGAUUGCCUUUAUAAAGUAUGUUUUGGAGUAUCUUUGGCUUUACCCUUAUACAGUGUCUUAUUUGAGCAUCGUUUUGUAUUUAUCGCAUCACGACCUGAAUUGUUCAGAAUGCAUUUACAAUAUACAUAAACAACGACAUGUAUUACUCAGCUACUCCUCUUUAAGUAGCAUAUAGGUCGCUAAUUGAAAACUGAUUUUAGGGUGACCAGCCCCAACCAGGGUAUUUUCGUAGCGAUAGGGCCGGCGGAGAUAAGAAUCUGGGUACGAGGUUGACUUAAAAGAGGGUCUGAUGGUGUUGAGUCGUUUCACAUGCUAAAUAGAGGAUGGGGCCUAGGUAGAGGAGAUAUGAUAAGUGCAUUUUAGAAGCAAAAAAAGUGAAAUUGUUUGAAUAUUUGACCAUUUAAUAUUUCAGCUUCAUUGGCGACAUCCUGCAGUGCUAUAAAGAAGUACCAACCAGGACGAAUUGGUGGCGAUACUAGGCGUAAAUACGAUGUUGAUCCUGAUGACUCGGGCCCACUCACUCCUGUCUCCGUCACAUGCGAUUACAGCAAAAAAACUCAAGGACAAGAAAUGCAAGGCCUCACUGAAAUUGAAACCAAAGAAACUAGUAAUGGAGUGACAAUUUCACCACCUAUUGAUUAUACUGAAAGAUUUUCAUACAAGAAAGAAAUUAAAUAUGAGGUAGUAAUUUAGAAAUUGUAGUUUGUACAGUAUAUUUUCGACAAGGUGUGGUUGCCUAGCUAAUCCCCCCAAGUUGAUGCAUGCGAUACACGUGCUCGAGAACAAUGGCCUAAGAGUUAAUUUUUGAUCGGAGGACCCGGAAAUAAUCCCUCGAAAGCUGACUAUUCCACAGUCCCUCAUACUCGCUUCGAGAAAAAAAAUUAGAUUCGCGCAAUGAGCCUUGGGGAUGCUGUAGCAGACCAAUAGGGCGCAAAUAGUAAGCCCUCGAAUCAAGGCCAGCAGCAGUCAAUCAAAACAGAGACUCGAAUUUAGAAUUGCAUAAUAAAAUUUAAAUAUCGGUUGAGAUCAAUCUCACUAUCUCCUUCUAUGUUUUCUCAGGUUUCAAUCGAAAGUGUGAAAGCUAUCGUAGAUCGAAGCGAACAAUGCACACAGUUGGUUAAAUAUGAUUGCAAAGAUGCGAAGUUGUUUAACGCUCCCGGUGGUGACCCUGCGUCCAGAUGGCUGUCAGCAAAUGGUUAUCUCCAAUAUUACUGGGGUGGUGCCAAACGAGAUAGUUAUAAAUGUGCCUGUGCGUAUACAGCUAAAGGUUGCCAGGAUGGUGGAUUUUGCCACUGCGACAGUAAAUUAGCAGAAACUCGAGCCGCAUCCGAUGAAGGUCUACUGAACGUCACACGUGAUCUACCCGUACGUGAGGUACAGUUUGGUGGUUUGAGUAAGACAUCACAAGCUACUUUUACUAUCAAAAGGAUCGACUGUUACGGAGUCGGUAAGUUCAGAACAAUAGACUGCAUGUACUACUGUUCAUUGCACUCUUGCCUCAAUGGCCUCGGUUUCAUUUCGUUAUUUCCUCAUGUUAGAAACAUAUUCGUUCACGAAACAUGAGGAUAUAACUUUCACGUGCACCUGCCAUGCUAAAACAUGAAAACUAGGUUAUUCGCAAAAAAGUGCAAUAAAUAGUUAACUCUGUUAAGACAAAAAAAGUUACAAUUACUUCACGGAGCUCAAUUUCAGGGUAGUGAAGUUGUAGUGAUACUGUGGCCCGUUCAACCGUUGUAUAUUUAGGUUCGUUUAAGCCUUAUACUGACAGUGAAAAUUACCUGACGCCUAGUGUACCUACAAAUUGGUGACCAUUAUGCGUACAGGGGUAUGAAGAAGAAUUAUGGUGUUGACAGUAAUUUUCAUACCCCAAGAUGACAAUCAUGUGCGACUAGUCGUAUCGUGUAGACCGGCGUUUAUGCUUAGCUUGGCUCAAACAGCUAGGUCGGUCCUAGGUGAAGUACUAUACCAUGUGCAGAUGCAUUAAAUUCUAAAUUCACUUAUCCAAGCAUUUGGCUCUGUAGAGGAGAGAGGGUCAAUCAAUUAUAGCCUUAUAGGUCUCUAGUAUACACGCAGCUGUAAAUUAGACUGGUUACUAGUCUCCGGCUGUGCGUCCAUUCACCAUCGAGCAUCAAUAUACAUGUACCAUUCAUGCACUCUCGAUUUAUUCCAUAUUAACAUAAGUCGCACAUUGUCUACCAUUAGAUGUGUGAAAUUUGAAAAUCUGUGUUGCUCAUCAACUAACAAGUCUCGUAUUUUUUAUCAGAUACUCUUGGUGUGGUGACAUUCCUUGCUCCAGACGGCUGGGUCCGUGCGCCUCCAUGGAACGCUCCUUAUGGCGGUGAUAUAUCCUUCUAUAUCAAAACUGUUUUUCCCACAGGAGAUCUUAUUGAUCAUAGAAAUAGCGAUGAAAGUCAUAUCUUCCAGGUACGACUUACCCGAAUUCACCACUCGUGUGGUACAUUUAGGUGGUCAUGCAUUACAUACGUAAUCGAGAUGUUCUUUGAGAAUUAAACCAUGCUUCUGGCAAUGUAUAAAUGCGUAUUAGUAAAUUUCUCAUAACAUUUAGAGACAAAAAUUAUUAAAUGCACACGCUUGAGGCAAAGCGUGAAAUAGUCCUCGCCAAAUUAGUUAUCAUGAUCGGAUUACGAAAACAUUUUAAUUUUUAUUUUAACGGUUUUCUUUGAUUUUUUUGGCCACAAUUAUUUUACUCUUUGGCCCAAUCGCAUACUUUUGACAUUAUAUCAUCAUUGCUAUUUGCAUAUAUUGCCCACUUUGUACAUAACUAUUCGAACUUGAAACUGCAUGGUGUUCAGAUGAUAACCAGAUGUCAUUAUUCAAAUAUAGUAUUCUUGCUAAUCUUUGUCUCUAAAUGUAUAAUUACGCGCGAAACAUGCAUGUAUCAUAUGAUUCUUGAACAAAUAUGUUUGCUGCACAACGCAAUAUAAUAUUAAAAUCAUGUCCACACAACAAUUCUGAAGGUGGCUCGCGGAACGCCGGUAUCGACCUUUUGUUUCGAUCGGUCGUCUUGGCAGUUUUAAAUCGACAUGCCACCAUGAUUUGUUGUUUUACUGCACUUUGUCUUACCCUAUCUACUCUUAGCUUCUUAGUAAAACGUUUGUGAAAUUUUUCAAAUCACGUCGCUCAGCAGGUGACACUGUGCCUCAUGCUUACGUUAAAUUUAUCAUUCCGAUGUUAUCUUUAACAUCCGAAAUUACUUGGUCUAAUUUAUGAAUCAAUAUGAAAAGUUGCAAGUUGCUUAUCAAUAUGCUGCUAAAGGGCAAUUUAACUGUUUAAGAAAAUUAUUUAGGAGUUUUCGUGUUAUUUUUCUUCUUUCCAUAAUAUUAAUUUUACAUGAUAUUUUACUAAAACUUUGCGGAAAAGCUUGUUUAAUAAGGACGAAAAUGUGAAUAAACCAAAGCAAUUUAUCCUAUACGCACAGUCAUCUAGAUGGGCCUGAUGACAUCAACAUAACGGUUAUCGGAUAACCGCGGCCUUUGAAUAUGAUCUAUAUAACCGGCUGUGCCAGCGUAUGUAGUCCCAUCCCUACCCAUCGACAGUUUUCUUUUAAUACGCAAUUUUUGUGAUCGGCUCAUCUCCAUAUCCAUUAUAGGUCAGUGUAGAUCGCGCUUUAUUAGCUAGUUCGUCGUGAUAUAUUGCUUUGUAUUAUCACAUGUACAAAGAUGAAUGACACGUCAGAUUACAAAGAUGAAUGACACGUCAGAUUGAUGAUGCGUCUUGAAGGAUCACUCGUCUCUAGUGCGAAAUGUGAAGAAAUACUACUAAACUAAAGUUUCACCAUAUCCAUAGGUUCGCAUAUACGACGAAACAACAAUUGAAGUCGUGGUCAGUUUCGGUACCAGUAUCCGAACAAAAUAUAGAGCCGCAAUAGACGACAGUCAAGAGAAGGGGGAGCGUAAGAGGAACCUUGUUGACAACGAGUGGCACAGGAUUCAGGUUAUUCGCACAUUAUGGGAAUUGUCAGUAAAAAUCGAUGAUAAACCUGCCUUAGAUCCAGUCAAUAAGCAACCUUUGCGGCCACUUCCACUUAGCGGAGAUGGUCGAAGUCGUUUGAAUAUUGACCUACCUAUGUUUGUUGGCUCGUUUUGGAGGUUCCCAACGUAUAAGAAAGGAUAUGUCGGAUGCAUGAAGGGAUUUGUAAGUAAUUAUAUAUUCGCUUAUUAGAAAGGUACACGUCAUACUCGAUUGUAUACCUCAACACCUCGCCCCUCAUAAUGAUAACCUAUGCAUAUAACAUUUUCAGUCACCACAUUAUUGCUAUCCCCAAUAAUUUCAUUAAGAAUUCUUACAGAGAAAACGUCGUUAAGUUAAGGUGUUUUUGACUUGCGUUACUGCGACUCAAGCAACAGGAUGGAAAAGUAGGCGAGCACCGCUCACAGUGAUUAAACUGUUUAAUAGAACAGCUGCAGGAAAUUUGUUGGGUUAAAGAAUUUGAAGGAAACCCUAACACUCAUGUUCCACUAUCGACCCAAUAACGUAUUGUUGACAGACAUCUUUCCUUUAAUUUAAUUUAAAACCGUCGUCAACUAGGACACCAUGUUUGGGCCCGGAUUUACCACAAAAAAUAUUAGUUAGUGUGCAGGAAAUUUCCUCUCCAGGUUUUCUCCCAGGAAGAAAAUUGUUUUCUCUAGUCGUGUUCAGGAAAUAUGAUACUCAUGAAAUUCAUACGUCAAGUUCAUCUGAUAUGAGUAUUUUGGGAGGUUGGAGUUUAGUAGAAGCGAAGCGUAUCCGAGGAUUGAUUAGUGUAGACAAUGUGGGCAAACGAGAUAUUUAAUACUAUUUCGAACGAGAUUCGAGCUCAUAUAUACUGCAUGUAUAAUGUAUAUAUACAUGAUAUACUGCAUGUAUAAUGUAUAUCGUUCGUAGCUACAGUAUUGGGCUAAUAUGGGCAGUUUAGAAUCGCAGACGUGGAGUGAAAUGAACAGUGUAAGCCAUGUACUUUUCACGAGACCUGUUUUUGCUCUGUUUAAUUUAGACAAUAAAUGGUGUUCUUUUCGACCUUGCCAAUGCUGUUGAUCAUCUUGCUAUGGAGCCAGAAGUAUUGGUUUUGAAAGGUUGUGGAAAUGCUUGCGAACAUAAGCCAUGUCCGUAUGGCACGUGUGUUGAACAAUAUAUAUCAUAUAAGUGCGACUGUUCCGAAACUCCUUUCUAUGGAACUUAUUGUAGCAAAGGUAAGCUGUAUAAUCAGUUUAUGGUAUCUCAUUUGUUAUAAAAAUGUAAGAAAUCUACACAAUACCUUUAUGGUUGGUGAGUGCAUACGAUUUUUAUUUUCGAGGUGCAGUGACGCAUCGCUAAAGGUGUUUAGUGUAUGAAAGUUACUGUACUGCUGACGCCACAACUCACUGCAUUUGUUUUAUGGCGAAAUCUGAAAUGCAAGAAUUUUACGCGUGCAUGCUUGUUCGAGCCAGAAUAUGAAUUAUACACAACAAGUCGCAGCGUGUAUAAUAAACGUACCUUAAGCAAACGAGUGAGUGCAGCUUCACAACGAGUAAACAAUAAAAAUCGUGCAAAGGAACCAACAACCAUGGAGUAAUUUGUUUUAUGUAUGAGAUCUAGAAUAGAGAUAAUUUAGUGACUCUGGCGCAACGAGAUUUCUUCAUUUGCCUGCCGGAAUUGCUGUAAAAUCUUAAAUAUUGUUAGCCUUGAGUGUGUUUGUGAUGAUUAAGUUUUGUCUUAUUUGAAAGAACAUUUAAAAUUAUAUAUAAACUUCCUUUACAAUUAUUCCGGUUUUCGAAAUAAAUGGACUUAUUUUGAUCAACAGCAGCGUGCAAUCCGCCAUCUUUUGGAUAUGCAUUCGAUUAUGCAUAUGUCACAGGUAGGGUAACAACAACAUUUUAAGAAACUUUUCGAAAAAAUUUAGUCCCACAUGAAGACGUUUUAACAAGUUUACCCUGCUUGUGACGUCAUCAAAAACUCAGUUAAUUAGGUCGAUUAUAAUACCAAGAUGGCGGACUGCACACUGUUUUGGGUCAAAAUAUUUCGAAAACCAAGCAAGGUAGGCCUCCAAAAAGUUGUAAAGGGUCUUCAUAUAUAGCUUUAAAAGUUCUUCCAAAUAAGACAAAGUUAAUUUUUAUUGCCAUAUAUCCCUUUAAAGAAAAAUACAGUAAAAACUCAAUUUCAAUUAUGAGCGCGAAAACACCAGCCAGAAAAACGCUAAUUCAUCACAUGUGAAAAUAUCGUCCAACCAAUCAAAACGCUGAUACGCAAAAAUUCACAUGUGAAAACGAUACGAUUUUUAUUUUACUCAUCUGUUGCACAGAAUGUCUAUACUUUAUAAUAAAAUAGUUCCGUGGAGCAAGAAUGUUUCCGCCCAACAAAGUCCGAUACCUUUGCAAUUUUUUUCUUCAACAAUUGUUUGUUGAGGAUUUUAUGCACUGACAAACGUACAAUAUCGAAGGCGUUAUCAAAGCCUUUUUGAUUAACCGUCAUCAUUUUUGCUCUUUUGUAGAGAUCGGUACCAAAAUUCAAAAUUCUCCUGUGUAUGAGUACGCUAACCUCACGAUGGCUUCGUCAAAGUAUGAAAAAAUAGUCUUGGCGUUCUCUACCGAAGCUGUCAACGACCGCUGCCGUGGAACGCUAUUUCAAAUCCUAAGCGAAGACGAAGCUCAAUACUACAAACUUAGUGUGAUAGAUAGAAAUUCGCUCGAAUUCGAAUUUAGACUACUUCCGCUACAGCGUGAAGAAAAACUCAGGAUUGAUGUCGGUAACAUCGACUUCUGUGAUAGAACGCGACACAUCGUAAAUAUCGAACGAACUGUCGAAGGAUCUAGCGAAAGUAAGAUCAAGUAUAGAAUCGACGGUCGUAAAAUUGUUGAAAGAGACUAUCAACUAAAAGCUGCAGCUGAGUUUAUGAAGCCGUACAAAUACUAUGUCGGUAACACGAAGGUAGGAGGAACAGACGAUGUGUUUGUUGGAUGUAUUUCUGGAGCGAAGUUUCAUCUAUACGCAGCCGAUGAAGCUAUGCCUGAGACUGUGGAGCCAAUUGCACGAGGAAUACGUUCCAGUAAUGGUUCACGUGAGUUCAUUAUACUUUGUAUUUAUCUCGUUCUGUACAUUUGAGUAAUUUAAUAAAAAGCAGUUUAUCAAAAAAAUUAACUAUACAGUUUAAGUGGAAACCUCUGACAGAGUAACAGGUGCCACUUUUUUCUAACAAAAAAACCAUUCGCCUCGAAUGUUUGACUCCUUGCGUAAUAGUUGUUAUUUGUGUAACAGUUGAUCGUUCAAUGUUCUUCAUUUCCUGUACCUGCAUCAGUAUAUUGUGAGAUGAAAGAAUGUCAGAGUGAAACCUAUAUAUUCCGCAUAUUUUCCUUUUUAGUCUCGCCAAUUGAACAUCAAUCAUGCGGCCCUACCAUAAACACUCCUAUACCAAUGACCACCCGUGAAGUCCCUGGACCUACGACACCGACCGACUAUCCCUCCACCGAGUUCCUUCGUGAUGUCGGAAUUCACGAAGCCGAAGAUACCAACUGGGCUGUAUUGAUUGUUGUUGCCCUGCUUCUUAUGUUAGUCCUCGUUGCCGUGGUCGUGCUUACGAUAUGGUUUGUGAUGCAACACAAAAAUGAUUACCAGAUCCUGGAGAAGGCAGAUGGUACCGUGAUUGGUACUGCUACAGUUCGUGGUGGUAACGCAUCCGUUGCAUCUGUCCCUGCUGCUGGAUCUACCUACUUCGCUCCUGCACGUGCAGCACCUUCUGUAGCCUCUACAGGAAAUCUGAGCAGAGCUAAGUCCAAGUCCAACGACCUUUUCGUUUAGUUUAUUGUACUUAAAUUUUCUACUUGUAGUAACUCCUUGCAUAACGUCGAGAGUUUUACAUAGAUAUUGCAUUACAUGUGUAUAAAUCUUUUUGUAGUUGAAUAUUUGAUUAUUGUAUAUCACAACGAAAACUGAGUCGAGCGGCUAAGUCCGUUUUGUUAAGUUUAUUGUACUUGUGGAUUUUUACUUCUUAUAUCCUUAUAUAGGCUUAGGCGUCGAGGAUUUUUGCAUAGAUAUUACAUAAUAUGAGGUGUAUAAAUCUUUUCGUACUUGAACGUUAUAUUGAUUAAUUAGGUAUAUAUGUAAAGGACAAUAUAAUUUCGUAGUCCCCGACUACGCUUUCGUCAAAACACGCUUUCUGCGUGUUCAGCUAGUGCUCCAAUUGAACGUGGGGACUUUUGUUUCACAACAACGGGAUGAGACUCUUAGGUCUAAUGGACUAUCCAGACUGACGAAUGAGGGCGCAUGGGGAUAUAUCAGUAGAAAACUUAUAUCAACCUGUGGCGCUCCCGCUGAACUAUUAAUUUGUUAAACUUUAGACAGUAACUGUUGUGCUAACACUGGCUUUGUCGGUCUGGAUCCGACCCUAGAACCACAGAGUGGAGACUAUAAUCCCCGCCUAUAGGUAGAGCACAUUAUAAAAUUUGCUUUGGUUGAAUUAGACGUAAGUGACAUGCAUCCGGAUAAUAAUAUACAGUAUACGAGUUCAGCUGUUUUUCGACAAGCGAUAAAAUUCACACUACACAAAUUUUGGUUUGUAUACAGUUGUUCUGUCAUUUACAAGUAUAAUAGUUUAUGUUAUGCAUUUGUAUUCAAGUUUUUAAUAGUCAUUAAAAUGUACAUGUCGACCUUA